AUGAAGCAGUCUAUCAUCGCUCUUUCCCUCGUUGGUGCCGUCCUUGGCCGUCCUGGUGUGAACAGGUACAACUUCGAGAAGCGUGAAGUCCCCCAGGAACACGCUCACAGGAACGUCAACCUCGAAGUGAGCAAGUCCUUGAACUUGGACAACCCGGACAACAUCCAGGACCCUAUCUUUGGUCUUCUCGGAGCUGCUGCUGCUGCGGCCGGAGCCGGCAGCAUUGCCGAUCCUGAUUGUCUUCAGCAAGCCACUGCCGACCAGGCCUUCACCAAUGCUAAGGCUGCCGGUGAUGUCAACGGCAUGACCUUUGCUCUUAUCUUCCGUGCCUUGGAGCGCAACACUGGAUCCGUUGGCCUGGCCUCCGUUCCAUGCACCUCCAUCCAGGCUGUCAACCCUGAGAUCGCUGCUCUCCAGCAACAUCAGGACCCUGCUUCGGACGGUGCCGCCGCCCUCAACAAGCAGAUUGCCCAGGACCUGGCCGCGCAGAUCGGUGCCAUCGGUGGCGACCCGACUCUCGCCAACGAGGCCAGCACAUUCGCUCCCGGCGAGAUCGGAGACGCAACCGCCAAGGGCAACACUUGCGACGAUGACGCGGACGACGCUGGUUGCAUCAACACCCUUGGACUUCGUGUCGAUGAUUUGACCGAAGAGGAGGCCUUGGCUGCCGCGCAGGGCGGUGCUGGAGCCGGAAAUGCCGCUGCUGGGAACGGCACUGCCGCCGCAGACAGUGAAAACGCGAACAAGGACAGCGGAAACGCAGACGACUCUGAUGCUGGCGCCGCCGCGUGCCUCGCCGCAGGAAACGCCGACUCCGGUAACGCCACGGACAACGCCGGAGACGCUGGAAAUGCGGACUCAGGCAACGCUUCCAACGAUGCCGGAAACGCCUCCGCUGAUGCUGGCAAUGCCGCAAACGCCACUGCUGAUGCUGGAGCUGCUGCCGGUGCCGCCGCGUUCGGUUCCUGCUCCGACCCUACCAUCACCUUCUCCCAGGCUCCCUCUGACGGCCGCCAGGAAGCUGCCUUCGAGGCCACCGAUCUGACCAACUUCCCCCACGGCUCUGCUCUCGGCAUCGGUGUCAUCUCCAGCUUCAUCUGCGACCAGCUCGUCAACAAGUGCAAGGCUGAGCAAGCUGCUGUUGACUCGUGCGACCAGGCUGAUGCUGCGGUCAAGGCUUCUGGCUUGAGUGGCCAGGCGGCUGCGGACUCUUUCAACCAGGCUCUUGGCUUUUAA